CCCGUAUCCCGUAUCCCGUAUCCCGAAUAGCCUAUCCGUUGGAUACCCGGACACGAACCCCCUCACCCUGGGUAACCGGGGCACAUCAACACUCAAGCUGUUAUAUCAGGCUAUUAAAGGCAUUCUCAAAUCGUAGCCUCGACUCCAAUCCUCUUGCGCUUUCCAAUCCAAUCCCACAAGCAUAAAGGAAUCCCACCCCCGCACCAACAGUCCAAGUAAACUGGAAAGCCCAUACAACUUCCCUAAUAAUCCCCCCUCGAACUAUACAAUACACCCCUCAUAAUGGAAGAACCGACCUACGACCCAAGCCGCCCCCUCGCAACCACCACCCUCGUCUACCAAUACAAACUAGUCAACUGCCCCGGCAAGACCAUCGUUGGCCUGCUGGUCGAAUACCCCCCCAACGGCGCCACCCCACCCCACCGACACGGCGGCGCGUCCGUGUCAGCCUACGUGAUUAGGGGCGCCGUGCUGUGCAAGAUGAACGACGACCCGAUGCGGACGAUCGAGCAGGGCGGGUCGUGGUACGAGGCGCCUGGGUGUCAUCAUCGGAUCAGCGCCAACGCCAGCGCGACGGAGCCGGCGGCGUUCUUUGUGAGCUUUGUGCUGGAGACGGAGGUGUUGGAGCGGGAGGGGCCGGGGGUGCUGGUGCAGAUUGAUGAGGAGUAUAGGGAGGUUUUUGCGAGGAAGAUGACGGAGGCGUGA